AUGGCCACAGCGAGCGAUGAUAUCGAGAAGCUUUACGAACAUGGGGAGAAAUUAGCGAGCUCUAAGGACAAGACGCAGAACGAGAAGGACUACCUCGGGGUCAUCGCGGCUGCGACGGGAAGCAGCAAGGCGAAGCUGUUCGCAGCGCAGCAAAUUCCCCGCUUCUUUAAAUUCUUUCCGCAGCUUUCCGCCGAAGGCAUUAACGCGCAGCUAGAUCUCUGCGAGGAUGACGACAUCAAUAUUCGACUACCCGCCAUUCGAGGGCUCCCGUUUCUGUGCAAGGACACACCGGAGCAUCUCCCGAAGAUCGCUGAUGUGCUGGGCCAGCUGCUCAUUGGAGAGGAGCCGGAGCACGGAGUGGUGCAGAACUCGUUGAUGCAGGUGCUCAGGCAGGACCCUAAAGGGAGCCUGGCGGCCAUAUUCAAGCACAUAGAGAGCUCCGAGGACAAGCUGCGGGAGAACGUGCUCUCCUUCAUCCGCGACAAGGUGUUUCCGAACAAGGCAAGCGUCCUGGUGCCUCAGGCGGAGAUGGAAAGACACGUGACUGACCUGAUCAAGGGCAUACAAGACGUGACGGGGGAGGAGUUCAGCAUGUUCAUGGCGUUCCUGCAGGGCCUCGCGCUCUUUGGCGCCAAGGCACCGCCAGAGCGGAUGCAGGAGCUGGUCGAGAUCGUCGAGGGGCAGGCUGACCUCCUCGCCUCCUUCGAUGCGUCAGACACGGAUCACAUAGAGCGAGUCAUGGCAUGCCUGCAGAUGGCGCUGCCCUUCUUCGCUAGGGGCGGGUCAAACAGCAAGUUCUUCAACUUCAUCGCCAAGCACAUCCUCCCCGCAUUCGACAAGGUGGCGGAGGACAGGAGGGGCGAGCUGCUGAGGAGCAUGGCGGAGGCGUCGCCCUUCACAUCACCCGCCGACUCCAGACACCUGCUGCCGGGGGUCACUGACCUGCUCAAGGAGUACAUGGCGAAGAAGGGCGCGGAUGUGGACAUCACGUCACUGGAGGCGCUGCUCUUCACCUUCAACCAGCUCGCCCACAAGACGCCCAACGCCACGAAUGCGCUGUGCGGGUACAAGAUCGUGACGGGGCAGCCCUCUGACCGCCUGGGAGAGGACUUCAAAGACCUGCACGCUGACUGGCUCGCCAGGGUGACGGGCAUGGAGGACGAGGUGAAGAAGCGCAUCAAAGCCGUGCUGCAGGAGGUGGCGGAGGUGGGCAAGCAGCAGCGCUCCGCCAAGGAUGAGCCCACCGUCACGCAACUUAAGGAGAAGAAGGCAGCAGCGGCGCGCACACUCAAGGCAUUGCAGAACAUUGAGAAGCUCAGCAAGCCGCUCAAGUCCACUGUGCCGCAGUUCCUGGGCGGCAAGGCGGCUCCAGCCCUCUCCUGGAAACCGGAGGCAGCCCCUGCAGGGCCCUCCGCUCCCAAGCCAGGGUCAACACAAGCAGUCGGGUACGUCUCACUGCUCUCCUGCUUCGUCAGCCUUGCAUUUCAAAUUUCCCGGUGUCGCGGCAACGGGCGGCCGGACAGCGGGUUCGUGCGCUACUCGUGGUACUCCAACAGCUGCGGCCGCACGCUCCGCUUCAACUCCAAGUCGUUUCUGAACAUGAUCAAGGGCAAGACCAUCGCCGUCAUCGGCGACUCGCUCACCGCCGCCAACUUCGUGCCCUCGCUGCUGUGCCAGGUGAGGCGUGAUGGUAGAGGGCUAGUCGCUGCUGUGAGGUUGAGGGGAACGAGAUGCUGUGAGGUGAGGGUGAGUCGCUGCUUCGCCAGGUGCGACCGCAAAUCCUUCAGCGGGACUAAUAUCCUCUUCCCCGCUCCCCUCCCCUCCUCCCCCCUCCUCCGCCCUCAUCCGCCCCCCUCCGCGCGCGCCACUGGCGCGCAGAUCAGCGAGGUCACGACGGUAAAGAACGGGUCGCGGCGCACGCUGGACGGCGGCAGCGGCGCACGGUACAUGCCGCCCAUGGUGGCGUUCUACUACGACAUCCCCGCGUUCGGCGCGCGCAUUGUCAGCAUCUGGGACGACUACCUCAUGCGCACGUCCGUCGACAAGGGCAUGAUAGCCAAACUAGCGACGGGGUUCACACCCGGCCCCGACGACGCGAUCAUCGACGUGGAGACCGUCAACCCGCAGUGGGGCAACAUCGUGGGCGAGUGGCACGCGGUAGUGAUGGAAACCACGUCGCACUGGCGCGUCGUGCCCGACGCGCCGCGCCUCAUCUUCACCAACGACGACUGGCAGACGCUCAACGGCGUCGACCCCUACAUGGCGCACGCGCGCGCGCUGAAAACGAUCGCCAACUUCUUCGAGGCGCGACGGCAGGCGGGGAAGGCGUUCCCCGUGCCCUUCUUCAUGACGGCGCCCCCGCAGCACUCCGCCAAGAAGAUCGGCGGCAGCGGCGUGUGCGGGUCGCCGGGGCGCGUGUUGAACGAGAAGGAGAUCGAGAAGAUGCUGCGCACCAACGUGCAGCUGUCGCGCUACUGGCCCAUGCAGCGCGCCGCGUUCCCUGAGGGGUCGGCGGUGCGGCGGUUUGACAUCACGCUCGUGAGCGCGUACCGGCCCGAGGCGCACUGCGGGAUCUACUCGAAAAAGAACAACCCGGUGAAGUACCUGGACUGUUUGCACUGGUGCCAGCCAGGCGUGCCGGACAUCUGGGUGGACCUCUUCCACGAGAUGCUGCUGGCCGAGCCGCUCUUUUCCGGCGACUCCACCACUGCCGCCUCCAAGCCUAAACCCAAGCCUAAGCCUCAAACCAAGCCCAAGAAGCCCAAGCCAUCCCCAUCGCCCUCCAAGCCGAAAGCAUCCCCGUCGCCUUCCAAACCUAAGCCCUCCCCAUCACCAUCCCCCGCCAAGUCGCCGCCUCCGCCGCCGCCGCCGGCCUCCCCACCCCCUUACGUGCCGCUAGACCCCACCAAGCCCAACCGCUUCAAACGCAAGCCAGGCACGUGA